CUGUGGAAAUUAACUGUCAAGUAUCAAAAUAAAAGCAUCGCUGCAGAUUGAAAAAAAAUAACCAUGCCGAUUGUCGUACUCCAAAAUUUCUAAAAACAGCUAAAUAUUAGUUUAAAAGAAAGUAUUUAGUUGUAACGCUUCAAAAUGAUGCUGAAUCGGUUGUCCACAUUCUUCCGAACUGCUCCUUGCACAAAUUUACUGACAAAUUUGCUGAGAACUGCAACGGUACCAACCCAAAGAUUGCCACUUCCGGUCGCCACUGGCUUAGCUCCAGUUAGUUCAAUCGUUUCUCGCUUCAAUUCGUCUCUGGUGUCGCCUCAGCAAAAUGGAUCAGUCUUGGAAGAAGUGAAGAAACAAGUGGAAUCGGGGUCCGAAGGACGACUUUUUGCCGUGGUUCAACUGUGCGGAAAGCAGUUCAAAAUCACCUCUGGGGACAUAAUCAUUGUGGAGGGCUACUGGCCACCCACCAAUGGAGAUCAGAUCCGGCUGGAUAAGGUGCUGCUGGCCGGAGGAAAGGAUUUCUCGCUCAUAGGAAGGCCUUUGGUCCCGCAAGGGUUGGUCGAUGUUCGAGCUACAAUAAUUGAAAAGUCUCUGUCCCACACAAGAACGCAUUUCCGCAAAAAGCGCAGGAAGCAGUACAUGAGGAUUAAUUUCUAUCGCACCCAACAGACGAUGAUCCGGAUCAAUUCCAUUGAUGUGAACUCGGGAGGAUUGAAGAACCGAAACAAUGUGGACGAUGUGGAGCGGUUUUACUAAAAUGCAGAUGAGAUACUAAUAGAUUUCAUCUAACUAUUAGAUUCUAUUAUUGAAAUAUACAUAAAAAAAAAAGCUC